AUGGAAAAGGAGCGUCAACAGAUAUUGGUUGGUGAUAUUUGGAAGGCUAGGAAGAAUAAGGAAAGUCUUAUAGCUCAAAAAGCUCGGGUGCAAUGGGGGAAGAAGGGUGAUUUAAAUACAAAGUUCUUUCAUUUAUGUGUUAACGAGAGGAGGCGACGAAAUAAAAUACAUGCGCUUCAAAUAGGGAAGAGAUGUGUUGAAGAGGUUGAGGAGAUUAAAGCAAGUGUGAAUGAAGGACUUGUUAAUGCUUUUUUGGAGGAUGAAGUGGGGAGGAUGAUUUUGGAGUGUGAGGGGGAUAAAAAUUCGAAGCCUGAUGGUCUUAAUUUUGUGUUCCUUAAGAGGUUUUGGGGAGUAAUCAAGGUAGAAGUGAUGAAUAUGCUUGCUGAAUUUUUUAGAAAUGAAAAACUGCCUAAGUCUUUGUUAUCCUACUUUGUAGCACUUGUGCCAAAAGUUGAAAGGGGUUCUGGAUUCAAUAAUCUCAUAACAACAAUCAGCCUUUAUCCUAGGAAAGAACAUAUUAGAUAG